AGCUCUGAAAAGAAAACAGCAACAAGCAGGGCUUGCUGUGACACAGAGGAACAAAAUGGCGGCGCUGAGUGGGCGCCGCUGGGUCCGGGCCCAGCUGGGGCUCUUGCCGCUGCUGCUGCUGACAACGGCCCUGGCCGGAGGCUCGGGGACCGCUUCGGCGGAAGCGUUUGACUCAGUGCUGGGGGACACGGCGUCUUGCCACCGGGCCUGUCAGCUGACCUACCCCUUGCACACCUACCCCAAGGAAGAGGAGCUAUAUGCAUGUCAAAGAGGUUGCAGGCUGUUUUCAAUUUGUCAGUUUGUGGAUGAUGGAAUUGAUUUAAAUCGAACCAAAUUGGAAUGUGAAUCUGCAUGUACAGAAGCAUAUUCCCAAGCUGAUGAGCAGUAUGCUUGCCACCUUGGUUGCCAGAAUCAGCUGCCGUUUGCUGAAUUGAGACAAGAACAACUCAUGUCCUUGAUGCCAAGAAUGCAUCUGCUCUUCCCUCUUACUCUGGUGAGGUCAUUCUGGAGUGACAUGAUGGACUCUGCACAGAGCUUCAUAACUUCUUCAUGGACUUUUUAUCUUCAAGCUGAUGAUGGAAAAAUCGUAAUAUUCCAGUCAAAGCCAGAAAUUCAGUAUGCACCACAGUUGGAGCAGGAGUCUACAAAUAUGAAAGAAUCCUCUCUAAGCAAAAUGUCCUAUCUGCAGAUGAGAAGUUCACAAGCUCACAGAAACUUUGCUGAAGAUGGAGAAAGUGAUGGCUUUUUAAGAUGCCUCUCUCUGAAUUCUGGAUGGAUUUUAACUACUACUCUUGUCCUCUCGGUGAUGGUAUUGCUUUGGAUUUGUUGUGCGACUGUUGCUACAGCUGUGGAGCAAUAUGUUCCCUCUGAGAAGUUGAGUAUCUAUGGUGACUUGGAAUUUAUGAAUGAACAAAAGCUAAACAGAUAUCCAGCUUCUUCUCUUGUGGUUGUUCGAUCUAUGACUGAAGAUCAUGAAGAAGCAGGGCCUCUGCCUACGAAAGUGAAUCUUGCUCAUUCAGAGAUUUAACCUUUUUUUCUUUUUUUUUUUUUUUUUUAAAGAAAAGUAUAAUUGACAUCUAAAUUUCCAUUCCUGAUAGAGCUUUUUAAAUUGUUUCAUUGGACAUAGGCUUAAAAAAAAAAUCACUUUAUGAUGCAAAUAAAGUUACCCAAAUCUGUAAAGAUUG